AUGGCCGAAGUCGAGACCUGUUCCGUCGGCCUUUGGGUCGGUGUCGGUGCGCGCCACGAGUCGGCCAAGAUCAACGGUGUCGCCCACCUGUUGGAGCACAUGGUCUUCAAGGGUACCGGACGGCGCAGCGCCCGGGCCAUUGCCGAGGAGAUCGAGGCCGUCGGCGGUCAUCUCAACGCCUACACGGGCCGUGAAACGACCGCUUUCUAUGCCAAGGUGCUGGCCGACGACGCACCGCUGGCCCUGGACAUCGUUGCCGACAUGUUGCUGCAUCCCCGUCUCGACGCCGGCGAGUUGGAGCGCGAGCGGCAGGUCGUUCUGCAGGAGAUCGGCCAGGCCGUCGAUACCCCGGACGACAUCAUCUUCGACGACUUUCAGUCGGCCGCUUAUCCGAACCAGGGUCUUGGGCGGCCGGUCCUGGGGACGCCGGAGACGGUCAGCAGCCUCUCGGCGGACGACCUUCGUGGCUACCUGACCGGCAGCUAUGCCGCCGACUCUUCAGUACUGGUCGCCUCCGGCCGGAUCGAGCACGACCGGUUGCAUCGCCUGGCCGAGGAACUGUUCGGCGACCUUCCCGCCUGCACGGCUGCGCGCGCGGAACCCGCCCGCUAUCUGGGCGGAGAACACAGGCAGGUGCGGGAUCUGGAACAAGCGCAUCUGCUGAUCGGUUUCGACUCCGUCGGCAUGCAGGACCCGGACUACUAUGCCGUUUCGGCGCUCUCUACGCUUCUGGGCGGCGGCAUGUCUUCGCGUCUUUUCCAGGAAGUCCGUGAGGAGCGGGGACUCGUCUACUCGAUCUAUUCCUUCCUCUCAGCGGCAUCGGACAGUGGCCUGUUCGGCGUCUAUGCCGGGACCGGGGCUGGGGAGGCGCAAGAGGUUCUCGAUACGGUCUGUCAGGAACUCGAACGGGCCGCUCAGGACAUCACGCCUGAGGAAGUCGAGCGCACCCGUGCGCAGCUCAAGGCGGCUAUCCUGAUGAGUCGGGAGCGCACGGGCGCGCGGGCCGAACAGCUUGCCGGUCACCUGCAGAUCUUCGGCCGGUCGAUCCCGGUCAGCGAGAUCGUGGCGGAACUCGACGCGCUCGAUGCGGCACGCCUGCGGCGCUGCGCGGCCACUAUGUUGGGGGGGAAGCCAACUCUGGCGCUGCUGGGACCGGUUGACGGCCUCACGUCCUAUGACAGCUUCGCUGCGCGCUUCGGCGGUGCCGCGACGGCGGCCCAGUAG